CGGCGAGCGCGCGGCGGGGGGCGGACGGGCGGGGUCGCCCCUGCGGCGCGCCGCGGGCCAGAGACCCCGGCGGGAUGCGGGGACGCGCUCGCGGCGGGACGCGCCGCGGUGGGGGGAUGGGCGCGCCGCCUUGGUAAUUCUAUAUUCUCCGUUCCUCCUCCGCUCGCGGGCGUGUGCGCGCCGCAGGCUGGCGGUAAGGCUGGAAAGGACUCCGGAAAGGCCAAGACAAAGGCGGUUUCCCGCUCGCAGAGAGCCGGCUUGCAGUUCCCAGUGGGCCGUAUUCAUCGACACCUGAAAUCUAGGACGACCAGUCAUGGACGUGUGGGCGCGACUGCCGCUGUGUACAGCGCAGCCAUCCUGGAGUACCUCACCGCAGAGGUACUUGAACUGGCAGGAAAUGCAUCAAAAGACUUAAAGGUAAAGCGUAUUACCCCUCGUCACUUGCAACUUGCUAUUCGUGGAGAUGAAGAAUUGGAUUCGCUUAUCAAGGCUACAAUUGCUGGUGGUGGUGUCAUUCCACACAUCCACAAAUCUCUGAUUGGGAAGAAAGGACAACAGAAGACUGUCUAA